AUGGGGUGCGCUGAAAGUCCCAACACAUGUAUGUCCCCCAAUUCGAUUAUGCCACCUCCCCUAGCUGUACCCCUUAUCCAGUCUAUUGUAGCACCUCAGGAGUCUCUGGUCGAGAGGCUUCACCGUUAUUGGACGACUGAUUUCUAUGGAUCUAUAGAUGAUGAUCCCAUCUUCAUGGAUCAAGGUGACGUAAUUGAUUGGUGGGAGACUAUAGAGCUUAAAGGUGAGGUGUUCUUAGCUAACUUCAUAGAGCUAACAUUUGGGGAGUUCGAUGUGAUCUUGGGCAUGGAUUGGCUUGCCGAGCAUGACACAAGUUUUAGGUGCAAGAAGUGUCAGGGGUGUGAAGCCUUCUUGGCACAUGUUGUGGAUACGCGGGUUUUUGUUCUAACACUUGAGGAUAUUUAUACCGUCCGUGAAUACUCUGAUGUGUUCUCGGAGGAGUUAUUGGGGUUAUCACCUGACCGUGAGAUCAAAUUCAGCAUUGAGGAUUUGUCAGGUUCAGCUCCAGUGUCCAUUGCACCCUAUUGUAUGAUGUCAGAAUCUUUGAAUUAUCGAAGAGUUGGGGGACAAGAGAUUCAAGAAGGAGCUGAUAAUGAGAGUUAUGAGGUAAAUAGUAAACAGCCUAUCCCCUCUGAAAAUGCUAGUGCACCUGCACCAUAA